UGACGGAGCAGGGUAGUCGUAGGGGCAGUUGUGGUUCAUACUGGCUAGUUACUUGGACUCGCUGCGGGUUCUGGAUGACCUAAACUAUCCUUCCUCGUCAUUGUGUUUCUGCUUCUUAAGGGAAUGUCCGAAGAGGGGAUUUGUGUUCGAUGUGUGCUGAUAUAUACAGUAAUAAGUUUAUUUCCAGGCGGCCAUGACAAAGUGCAGGCAAAAAGUGACUUUGGAAGCCUAGAAAACAAAUUAUUAUGUAAAACACGAUGUGAUCAUUGAUGUGAUUUUUUUAAAGACGCUCUCUAUGAGUUGAAGCUUGUUCAACUGUAUUGUAGAUGCGGAGGAAAAGAAAGAAGAGUAGUGCUACUAGUAUCAUUGACAGAUGAUACUAGAUAGAAAUACUUAAAAAUCAAAUGAGUGAAAUAAUUGUUCGUCCUUCACACUAGAAGGUGCCGUACUAGUUAAUUUACGGAGCCUUAAGUGUGAUCCUUCACGUAAGUAGUGUGAGGUGUUUGUAGCAAUUAUUCUUGCUGUCGGUCAUGCGCAUGAGGAGCCGCAGUGUGGCGGGGCCUCCCAUCAGGAGCUCCACCACCAGCAGCACUUCCAUCACCAGCAGCACCUCCAACACAACCUCCAGCACCGCCACCAGUAGCAUCACUUCACGCAGUGUAUCGAACCUUCCUGGGGAACUCAAACUACACUACUCUGAUGUCGUCAACGUGGCAGAGAAGCUGGCUCGACUUUUCUCCCGUACACACACAUACAAUGUGUACAAACGCCACAAGACGCUCAGCAGCAACUGCCAGCCAUCAGACUCCUGGGUAACAGUUCACAAUCUGAAACAACUGGAUGGUGGGAUUUUAGAUCCAGACGACCGACUCAAUGAUGUGGCAGAUGACAGGGAACAGAUUAUUGCACUGUAUGAAGAGCAGGCUCACCACCACCACGGCGGUGAUGGAACUUCGGCAUCAUCAGACUCCGAGAACCCUUCCCCAGACAUCUUCCAGGUACCAGUGUUGUUUCAGGACAUUGAGCACAAAUUCUCCCCUUUUACUCGAAAUGACAUCGAGAUAACGGGUGAAGAAUUAAGUGCCACCCCACCGCCACUUCAUGUACGGCGAGGGAGUGAACCUGCACUCAAUCGCUUGUCGCCCAUUCCACCUGCCAGUGCACCUCCUGACCCAACAAAAAGGUGGUCAGCAGCACCUAUUAUAGAAGAUCAGAACACACUGCCAAGUUCUACACCCAUGAAGUCUGUUGAUGGACACAGUUCUUAUGAGGAUGACAAUGUGUUUGUGGUAGACCCUGGGGAAAGAGGGGAGGGGUCAGGGGAAGAGAAGACCCCGUCAUCCUCUUCAUCAUCCUCUCACCAUUCGACUACUACAGCCUUCACACGAUUUUCUCGUGACACAAAUAGAUGCUCUGUUCAGGUACUGUCUGACAACCCUGCAAUGGCUCGAUGGGCAGAUGCAGCAGACAAAGCCUUGGCUGUAAGUGAAGGGAGGCGAAGAGAGCCCCUUGGAGGGUCAGCCUCCUCACCAUUACACUCCCGAAAUCCUUCUCAUGAUGACUCCAAUAAUAUCAUGUUGGUGGUGCUAAGCAAUGACAGAGGUCCUCUAGGAAUCCAUGUGAUUCCUAGUACAGAUGGCAGAGGUCAUGACCAAGGUCUGCUGGUGGAAGGUGUGGAGUCGGGUGGAAGAAUAGCACGGGAUGGUAGAAUAGAAGUUCAUGAUAGAAUUAUAGAAAUCAAUGGAAAACCUCUAAAUAAUAUAACAUUCCAGAAGGCUCAAGAAAUUUUUAAAGAUGCCAUGUUAACCCCUGAACUUCGUCUGCAAGUAAUAAAAAGACCAGACCUCCGAGACACUAACCACCAUCACCAAGGAUCUUUAACAUUGUCUUCAGAUGAGCUUGUUGAAGGAGAGGAGAGAUUGGUAGGUGGUGCAAAAGUGGCUAGUGUUAUGCCCACCAGGAAAGUUCCUCCAGCAUCUCUAUCAUCCCGAACGCAAGCAGUUAUCCUUCAAAGUAAUACUAGAAAAUUAGGGCGUAAGGUGACUGUGCAUCUUACCAAAGGACCACAUGGUCUUGGGUUUUCCAUAACUACAAGAGAUAACCCAGCUGGUGGUGAAGCACCAAUUUAUAUAAAAAAUAUCCUACCAAAGGGAGCUGCCAUUGAAGAUGGCACACUGCGUAUUGGUGAUCGUCUUUUAGAAGUUAAUGGUGUAGAAGUGACGGGUCGCAGUCAGUCAGAUGUUGCAGGUCUUCUCCGACAAAUUCCAAUAGGUGGAGCAGCAACUCUCACUGUGUCACGUCAAGACCAGCGUAAUGGAGACCCAGGCAGUGGGAUAGUUGAAGUAUCAGAAACUGACAAGCCUUCUAGCCCGAAACUACCCAGACAAUUGGUAUCGAUCUACCCACAAGACAGCCACCCUUUCUUCUGCCAGCCUGCAGAAAAAACAUCGGAGGAUAGUCUCAUGUUUCCUUGGAAGCAAAGAGAAAUACUCAUGUUUGAAAUUCCGGUUCAUGAUUCAGAGAGAGCAGGAUUGGGGGUAAGUGUGAAGGGUAAGACAAGUUCAGGCCCCAAUGGCUCUGUUGACUUAGGAAUCUUUGUAAAAAAUGUCAUUCAUGGUGGGGCAGCCUCUCGAGAUGGUCGGCUCCUCCAGAACGAUCAGCUCGUCAACAUUAAUGGAUUGUCUCUUCUUGGAAAACCUAACAGUGAAGCCAUGAAAACUCUAAGAACAGCCAUGCAUCAAGAGGGUCCAACUCCAGGCAUGAUCUCUCUUACUGUAGCAAGGAGGACAGACCACAAAGAGCGGUCAAGCCCUUCUUCAGCUAAUCGAUCAGGUCGAGAAUCGGCCAAUAGCUUGCUUACAAACUCAUCAGGUACAGAGACAUUAGGUGGAGCAAAAUCUUCACCUGCUACUCCUACACCUGAUCAUUCUGGCAUUAUUGAUUCUUCAGAAACCACAGUUACAUUAAAUUCUAAGUAUGAUGAUUGGCAUGAUACUGAGGGAGGAGAAUUUACCAACAUGGGCACAUUUGAUAUAAGGAAUCCUGUCAUCCAGAGACUAACAACUAACAAUGGAGCACUCCGAAAUGAAAGCUAUUAUAAGGCAACACAUGACACUUGGAACACAUCUCAGUUGCAACACUUUGUAAUGCGUAAUGAGCGUGAAACGUUAACAACUGGAGUUCCUGGUAUGAAUCCCCUCGGUUCCCCAACUGUUAACCUGCCAUCUAGGGAUACUCUCAUCAUCCAUGAUGAUGUCGGGACUCAUCUUUCAAGCCAACUUGGUGGGUCAGAUGGUCCUGGGGCCUCCACUGGAAGCUACAGUGACCAUCCUAGUCAAUCAGAUGAUGCCUAUACCAGCCAAACUUCCCUAGAAGAGAAUGUGGCAGGGUUCUCCCGGGAUCAGUUUGGUAGGCAAAGUAUGUCAGAAAAACGCCAUGCUACCUUGGAUGCCAAAAACACCGACACCUAUCAACGCAAUAAAAAAGCAAGAGAAGAGAGGGAGAGGCAGAAGCAACUUAUGCUAGCCCAGGAUAAACUAUCCACCAGUCAAGGACUAGGAGUGAUGGCUGCAGAGGGUGGAGCUCCGGAGGAGGUGAAACCUGGGUCAAGGGAGGUGGGCAUUGAUGUUUCCUCCACUGACCCCCCUCCUGUUGUGCCUCAACACACUCAUCCCCCAAAGAAAAAGAAAAUCAAAAGUGACUCUGAAUUUAAAAGCAUUGCAACUAAUUCUGGACAGUCAAGUUCAGCUAUAAGUGGUGCGAGCUCAUCCUUGGUUGUUCAGCAGAAGUCAAAGUCAAAUAAAUUUUUUAGCUCCGAAGGUGGUACUAAACCUCAGCUCAAGCAGCAAUUGCUGCAAAACACCAGAGUUUCACUUAGAAGGGGAUCUGAACCAUUGAAUAGCAACCUGGGGAGGGGAACACCCAAGGUGCAGUGGUGUGGGUAUCCUCGUGGCCCUUUCAGUGCAGUUACCCACAGUCUAGAAAGGCAUUACAAUAAAGGGAACCAGCGAACCACUUUUGGCCAGGAUCUUUCCAACAUGAUAUCAAACUGGGCUGCCCGUAACCGAGAAUUGUUGAGUCGGGAACCUGUGAUGGGGAAGCUGGUUCGUGCCUCAUCUGAUGAAUCGCUAGCCUCUCAAACUCUCCAGCGCACCAAUCAUGCACACCAUCCUUCUUCGCAUGAGCACAUUUCAUCACAGGAUGCUUUGAGAUCAAGAUUAGAUUUUGGUCCAGGAUUGGGCAUGAAGAAGUCUUCCAGCCUGGAGUCUCUACAGACCAUGGUCCAAGAGAUGGCAUUGGAAGAAGAGGGUCAUCGGAUGGGCUCAGGUCGAGUGCCGAGGGGACGAGGCUGCAAUGAGAGUUUUCGCGCUGCUGUUGAUCGAUCGUAUGAUGUUCCACUCAAUGGCCUUCGCAGUAAAAUGGAAACUCUAGCAGAAGAGGAAUCUGAAUCAAGUGGCUCAGGAUUUGGUAGGGGUAACAGUCGACAGUCAUCAGUAAAUUCUGCUGCUGAGGACAAACACAAGAAAGUUGGCAAAAAGAAACCAGGUCUUUUUAAAGGUCUUGGAUCUAUGUUCAGAUUUGGCAAACAUCGUAAAAGUGUUGAUAAUACAAGUGGACUUCCAAUGAAAGGUGAAAGAGAAGGGGAGAGAAUAGAAGGACGAAAUGAAAUGGACAGAGCAGAAGUGGAGAGAUUAGCUGCUGCUCGGCGGUUGCAGCAAGAAGAGCAUGACCACAUGCAGGAGCAGUACAGGAGGAUGAUUGAAAAUACAGCACGAGCUUCUCAGUCUCAGCAGCAGCAGCAACAACCACAGAUUCGAGGGGAUGAUGGAGAACCAUCAAGGUCAGAACGCAUGCAUCAGUUGAGAGCAGAACACCAGCGUCGACAUGCUCAGAGAAACCGAACUUAUCCUACAGAUGACUUAGAGGAGAGAUAUGAAAGUGCUUUAAGACAGGUGCUUGGAGAGAGAGGAGACUCGGAAGCUGACAAGGCUAACAAUAACACGCUUAACUCUACUGACCCCAAGCCGCAACAUCGUAGAAAAGCAUUGCCUUUUUCCAAUCCAUUCAAGCACCAUCGCUCUUACAGUCAAGAUCUUAUUGGGGAGAACCAUUCCUUGGGUCAUACGAUGGAGCGACUGGACCCUGUCCCAAAUGAUCCAAAGCCUGAUACCCGGCAUACGCGAUCUCACAGCUAUGAUCUUUAUGGUGAUAAUAUUGGACGACCUGGGAGUCGUACAGCCUAUGCUGACCCUCAUAAAUAUUCUCAUUACGUCAAUUAUGAACAAAUACAACAACAUUUACGCAAAAACAAGGAGCAGGAAAGGCUAAAGAAAUUAGCUAGUCAGCAGUACCAAGAUUUUCGGGAUAAGCAGACUAGGAGACAGCAGGACACCUCCAACGGUACCCUGUUGCACAAACUGGAGGAGACGUUUAUUCACGAAUCAAUUCUUGCAAGGUAUAUUGCAUGUGGCGGAGGAUGCAUGAGUCGUGAAGCCCGAGAAUAUCAGAGCCAGAGGGGUCCUCGGGAUUCUGGCCGUGAUCACCAGCACCGACCCAUCAGCAAUUACUAUGAAUAUGAAAGUGUCCAGGCCAUGAUUUCUCAUGCCCAAGAGAACAGCAAUACCUCACUUCCAAGAAGACAUCAUCCUCCACCACCUGGACCACCCCCAGUUGCUGCAGCUGCUGCAUCUCUUGCCAGAAAUGGUGGUAAUGGCAGUAAUAUACAGAACUCCUUGUUCCUUGGUAACUCUCAACCACAUCACAUGACCAUGUUUAAACAAACCUCUGGCUCAUUUGUACAUAAUCAGUCUGCCCGUGGAAACCAUACAGGAGUCAACAUGGUUCAACCAGUAUCUCAUCCACUCCAUCGAGAACAUACAGACAUUCCCCGUGAGCGCCCACGUGACCUUCCCCACUUGGAAGGGAUUUAUGCAUCAGGUUAUCGGCCAGCAAGUCAUUACACUGGGUCACACUACAAGCCACCACCACCACCACCACACCAUCAUACUACCAAGCUCACAGUACCAGGGUCAAAAGUAUGAGAGCAGUGUAUCACUGAGUGUAUAAAGGUGUCAUAAAACAAGUGUAUAGACAAAACUUUUAUGAAAAAAUUAAGCCAAUUAAUUUAUUCAAAAUAAAUAUAAUUUUGUGCAUAUGUGAAAUACUACUUGUAAAAUAUGUGUGAUGGAAGCAACAUGAAAACAGAGGUGUAAAUUAUUCUGAAGUCAUUGGUUUAAGAAUUAUUUCCCAUGCCUUAGAUACUGCUUACUGAUGGAAUGUUGGAGUCUUAGCAUUUGUAGCCAUGUACUCACUGUAUAGUGCAACAUUCCAGAAGGUAUAUUAUUUGAGUUAUAGGAUGAACUGUCUUACCUUUCCAAUAUAAUUCAGUUGUAUAUAAAGUGAGGGACCAAAUGUUUUAUAUUGUUACAGUACCUGGAUAAUGUGCAACUAUUCUUUUUAUGUAGUAAUUUAUAAUAAUUUUAAUCUGAAACGUUACUAAUAAUCAAAGCUAAUCGAAUGAGUCUUGGAAUUCUGAAGAUGAGAACAAGGUUUUAAGGUUGCACUGUUUUUAAUAUAUUUUGCUUUUAAGCCUAUAAAGAAGAUUAAAUGCAUCGGGAUUAGGUGCCUUAGUACAGUGAUCUGUAUGAUUAUAAGUUGCCAUCCAUAAAUUUGCCUUGACAGUAUAUAAUAAAUUUAUUUGCCUAUAAGAAUUGUUGAAGAUGAUGCUAGCCUGAUAUCCUGAUAUUUGUACAUGACGUUUAGUAUUACAUAUUUAUGUACAGAUUUAUAUAGAUCCCUUAUAUUGAAGAGGUAUAUUAUUAGAUUAGCAAAGGUCCAAAAACAUACAUUUUAUGCUGAUUUUUAUUAUGCUUUUAGCUUUUGAUAUACAAGAAUCUUAUUUGACAGACUCUUCUAGACACUAUCAACUCAACCAGUAGUUAUGCUGUGCCAAAGUGACUUUGGGUUACAUUCCUUAACAGGCUUGUUGACCUGUCAAAAUUGGUUGUACAGGCCUCAUUCUAUGUGGUCACUUACAGUGUUGUCUUGUAUGUACAUUUUUGUAAAAGUUUUGUAAAAAGUAUUAGUAUUUAGGUAUGCAAGAGGCAGUUUUUAUACUAUGUAAAUGGAACCAGCACUCUGCUGCUGUGCUGCAUUAUUUUCUGCUCAAGAUGCAGCUAUGUUUUAUGCAACAUGAACUAUUCCAAUACUCCAAAGGAAAAUAAAGGAAAUUUUUAUA